GCAGACCCACCCCCUCAUUAGGCCUGGCCCCACCCCUCGCCCAGGGCCCCGCUUUCUGCAGAGCAGGCCCGGUGCCGCCUCCCCUGGCCCCCUCAUCCCCCCCGCGUUUCUGUCUCCCGGGCCGGCGCUCGCGGCUCCCGUCACUUGAACGCGCGGCGGCGGCGGCGGCGGCGGCGGGAAGAUGGCGGAGUCCGGUGGCGCUGGUGGUGCUGGUGGCGGCAGCUUCGGAGCGGGCCCGGGCCCGGAGCGCCCGAGCAGCAUGGCCGACAAAAACGGAGCUCUCAAGUGCACCUUCUCGGCGCCCGGCCAUAGCACCAGCCUCCUGCAGGGCCUCGCUGCCCUCCGUGCCCAGGGCCAGCUCCUGGACGUUGUGCUCACCAUCAACAGAGAGACCUUCCACGCGCACAAGGUGGUCCUGGCUGCCUGCAGCGACUACUUCAGGGCCAUGUUCACGGGUGGCAUGAGGGAGGCGAGCCAGGACGUCAUCGAGCUGAAAGGCGUGUCAGCUCGCGGCCUGCGGCACAUCAUCGACUUUGCCUACAGCGCCGAGGUGACGCUAGACCUGGACUGCGUGCAGGAUGUGCUGGGGGCUGCCGUGUUCCUGCAGAUGCUUCCCGUGGUCGAGCUGUGCGAGGAGUUCCUCAAGGCCGCCAUGAGCGUAGAGACCUGCCUGAACAUCGGCCACAUGGCCACCACCUUCAGCCUGGCGUCACUCAAGGAGUCGGUGGAUGCCUUCACCUUCCAGCACUUCCUGCAGAUAGCCGAGGAGGAGGACUUCCUGCACCUGCCACUGGAGCGGCUUGUCUUCUUCCUGCAGAGCAAUCGGCUGCAGAGCUGUGCCGAGAUCGACCUGUUCCGCGCAGCCGUGCGCUGGCUGCAGCACGACCCGGCCCGUCGGCUGCGCGCCAGCCAUGUGCUCUGCCACAUCCGCUUUCCGCUCAUGCGGUCGUCAGACCUGGUGGACAGCGUGCAGACGCUGGACAUCAUGGUGGAGGACGUGCUCUGCCGCCAGUACCUGCUGGAGGCCUUCAAUUACCAGGUGCUCCCCUUCCGGCAGCACGAGAUGCAGUCGCCCCGCACGGCUGUGCGCUCGGACGUGCCCUCCCUGGUCGCCUUCGGUGGCACGCCCUACACGGACAGCGACCGCUCCGUCAGCAGCAAGGUGUACCAGCUGCCCGAGCCGGGCGCUCGCCACUUCCGGGAGCUCACGGAGAUGGAGGUGGGCUGCAGCCACACGUGCGUGGCCGUGCUGGACAACUUCGUGUACGUGGCCGGGGGCCAGCACCUGCAGUACCGCAGCGGCGAGGGUGCGGUGGACGCCUGCUACCGCUACGACCCGCACCUGAACCGCUGGCUGCGCCUGCAGGCCAUGCAGGAGAGCCGCAUCCAGUUCCAGCUGAACGUGCUGUGCGGCAUGGUGUACGCCACGGGGGGCCGCAACCGCGCCGGCAGCCUGGCCUCGGUUGAGAGGUACUGCCCGCGGCGCAACGAGUGGGGCUACGCCUGCUCUCUGAAGCGUCGCACCUGGGGCCACGCAGGCGCCUCGGCCGGGGGCCGCCUCUACAUUUCGGGGGGCUACGGCAUCUCCGUGGAGGACAAGAAGGCCCUGCACUGCUAUGACCCUGCCGCUGACCAGUGGGAGUUCAAGGCGCCCAUGAGCGAGCCCCGCGUGCUUCAUGCCAUGGUGGGUGCCGGCGGCCGCAUCUACGCCCUCGGGGGCCGCAUGGACCACGUGGACCGCUGCUUUGACGUGCUGGCGGUGGAGUACUACGUGCCCGAGACAGACCAGUGGACCAGUGUGAGCCCCAUGCGGGCGGGCCAGUCAGAGGCCGGCUGCUGCCUGCUGGACCGGAAGAUCUACAUCGUGGGGGGCUAUAACUGGCGCCUCAACAACGUCACGGGCAUCGUGCAGGUGUACAACACAGAGACGGAUGAGUGGGAGCGCGACCUGCACUUCCCAGAGUCCUUCGCGGGCAUCGCCUGCGCCCCUGUCCUGCUGCCCCGGUCCGGGACCAGGAGGUAGCUCCCGGCACCCCUGGGAUGUGGCCCAGCCUCAUGUAGUCUCUGCGAGGGGUUUGGUGAAUGCACCCUGGGGCUGAGGGCCGCAGAACCACCCCCGCCGCGGCCCUGUGGCCUGACGUCUUGGGGCCUGCUGCAUUGAUAAGGUUCCUCCCUGGGGUCCCUCCUUCCUUUCUGGCUUUCUUCCUUCCCUGCAUCCUGGCUUCGUGCCCACUGAGGGAGCCUGGCGGCCCUGAGGCUGACGUGUCAUGGCGGCCAGGCUUUCCUUACCUGCCCUGCAUCCUCGCUCAUGGAGGGGAUCAGGGUCCCCUUUGGGGUUUGUUGUGUGGCUUGUGUCCCACUUCUCUCUCCUCCCCCAGCCUGGCUGUCUCAGACAUUCGGAUGCAAGCUCAUUAGCAUCGGUCCCCAAAUCUGUGGUUUGCAACCUGUCCCCCUCCCAAGGUUCUUGCUCUGUGUUUUUUAAAAUAAACACCCACCCCCCAACUCUUAACACCCAGACCUCCAGGAGCUGGUGGGGUGGCACGGGUGCACCCGGCUCAGGAUUGACCUCAAGGGUGGGUAUGUUUCUGCCUCCAAUAAGCCCGAGCUGCUGGGGUGGGAGGGUGACCUUGGAAAAGGGUCUCGCACGUCUUUAUUCCUGUCCUGAAACCUUCAGUCUGUUCUGUUUUGUCCGCUUCCAGAAGGAGGAAACACAGCUGGCCCUCAGAGAGGGUCCUUAUGGUCGCCCAGCCUUCUAUGUGGCACUGGGCAUCUCAUGGGUCCUCCGUGGGGAGUGGGCCGACACACUAGGGGGACACCUGCUUUAGAAUCUCUCCAUGUGUCUGCAUUCUGCAAGUCUGAUGAUCUUUAUUUCUCUCCGUUUUUCCAGCCCUGUCCCCCCACCCCCCCAUCCCAUGUUACGGGUGUCAGGCCACCAGGCCUGUGCCCUCAGCGAGGUGCGGCCUCUUCCCUCCAGGGGCUUUGCGGCAUCUCUGGCCACAUUUGAUUUGGUGUGAAACCUCUAAAGCUGUUGUUGUUUUUUUUGCUGUUGUAGUUUUUAUUUUUGGUUGUUGUUGUUUUGUUUGGUUUGGUUCUGUUUUGCUUUUUUUAAGAUACGGCACUGCUGUCUUAUAAAUGGGAUUUGUACCCUUGGGGCAAUUUAAAGUGUCUCUUCUGCUGCUAACGGACGAUUGAUGUUGUGUCUCUGUGACCCACUCACCGUGUAAAGAAUUAACCUCAUAUCUUAGCAGAUGUCAUCUCCUAAUAUUUUCCUUCAUUUAAUAAAAAUGUUAUGGUGAAGAGAUGGAA